AUGUCGCACCGCGCCGCUGCGGCAGCAGCCGCUGCAGCAGCAGCAGCAGCAGCACCAGCUGCCUCGACUGCAUCAUUUUCACCGGGAGCAGCAGCCGGAACAGCAGCAACCGCAGCAGCAACAGCAGCAGCAGCACAAGGCCUCGCUGGCUAUACACUGCGCUCUCUUCGCAUUGUUUAUUCUUCUCCUUCUGCCUCGGAGUUAACAAAGACAAUCACUUCCCUCAAAAGAUCUCUUAAUUGGAUGCCUGCAGCAGAAGCCCCGUCAGCAGCAGCAACUGCAGCAGCAGCAGCAGCAGCAACUGCAGCAGCAACUGCAGCAGCACCUGGAGCUGCUGCAGCAGACUGCCACAAAUCCGAAGCAGCUGCAGCCCCAGCCUCAGACCCUGCAGCAGCAUCAGCAGCGGCUGCAGCAGCACAACCACCAUCCCCAGCACCAGCAGCACCUGCAGCAGCACCUGCAGCAGCACCUGCAGCAGCACCUGCAGCAGCAGCAGCAGCACGUGCAGCAGCAGCAGCAGCAGGAUUAGAGUUGUACGGGUAUCCUGGUGGUUGCAUUUGUAUACCUCGCCGUUUACCUCGAGAUGAGUGGAGAGAGCAGCUUACCACCGUAGAGAACCAUCAAAGGGUCCUGCUUCAGCAGCAGCAGCAGCAACAGCAGCAGCAACAGCAGCAACAUCGGCAGCAGCAGCAGCAGCUGUUGCAUGCACACCGCGACAGUUGCUGUGGGGAAUUCUUCGCAUGCAGCAGAGUCGCUGGAAUUUGGCUGGCAAAGCCCCAGCAACAGCUUCACAACAGAACGCCUACAGCAGCAGCAGCAGCAGCAGCAGCAGCAGCAGCAGCAGCAGCAGCAGCAGCAGCAGCAAUAUUAGCAGCGAAAGCAGCGGCUUUAGGGGAAUCAGCGGCUGCCACCGCAGCAGCGUGCAGCAGCGGCAUCGGGAUCAAUAGGCGUCAGCAGCAGCAGCAGCAGCUGCAGCACCAAUUUCAUCAUCAGCAGGAGCAGCAGGAGCAGCAGCAGGAGCAGCAGCAGGAUGGGUGCGCAUUCUUGGCUCUUGGGGUUUUGCAUAUAUUGCCGGAGGCGGUGGAGCUGCUGACAGAGCUUGAGGUGUAUAUACACCUCAAUGGGAAGCCUUAUGCUCUGACCUUUUGUUUAGUUUUCAUCGGCUAUGUAGUCAUUCUUUUCUGCGAGGAGGUCCUCUGCGGCGACUCACAUGAAGAUGAGGGGCAGCACGAAGAGCGGGGGAAGGACAGCAGCAGCAAAGGCAGCCAAUCGACAGAAGCACAAGAAUUAGAGCCCCCUCUCGACGCUAUGGAGAGCGGGGUAAAGACAGAACUGACGGUUCUAUCGACGCGGAGUAUAAAGACAGCAGCAGCAGCAGCAGCAGCAGCAGCAGAUGAAGAAGAUGAAGAUGAAGAUGAAGAAGCUGUAGCGGGCGCUGCUGCUGAGCUGUCUAUGCUUUGGAUGGUGACGGCGGUCGUCAUUGGCCACAAAUGGGCAGAGGCGAUGCUCCUCAUGUGCCAACUUGUUGAAAGAAAUACGAGACGGGUGACAGCAUUUACUUUAAUAUCUGUUUUUGCUUCGUCUUCUCCUUUGGGGGUUUUGCUCGGCGCUGUUUUGGCGGCGGAGGGAAAAUUGGCUGCCGGAAUUUGCAAUGCGUUGGGCGCCGGCACUGUACUCUACAUCGCUUCAGAGAUAUCUAUGUCAGCCUUUAAGGGCUGCAUGCGGGGCCGCUGUAUUCAAUUUUUGAUAUACUGCAGCGGGGCAGCGUUGGUGUUGGCGCUGACAUUUUUAGAUGUGGCGUUUGGUUGA